UCACUAAUCAGGAGAGGCAGAGGCAGAGGCUAGUCAUUCUCUUAUAUAUCAUUACUGGAGUUGGAGAGAAUUAAAUUAGAAAAGUUAAAGAGAGAGAAAGAGAUGGGAAGUCAUGGUGAUAUCGGUGGCACCAAUGAGUCUCUUGUGAAGAUGCCAACCAUCAAAUUUACGAAGCUCUUCAUUAAUGGAGAAUUUGUUGAGUCAAUUUCUGGGAAAACGUUCGAGACAAUAGAUCCUAGAAACGGAGAGGUAAUAGCAAGAGUUGCAGAAGGAGACAAGGAAGAUGUUGACUUGGCUGUCGAAGCAGCACGAGCUGCUUUCGACCAUGGUCCGUGGCCUCGCAUGUCUGGCGCUGAAAGAGGAAGGAUUAUGAUGAAGUUUGCAGACUUAAUUAACCAAAACGUGGAAGAACUAGCGGCCUUGGACAGCCUUGAUGCUGGGAAAUUAUUUAGUCUAGGCAAGACCAUAGACAUUCCUGGGGCCGCAGAGACCAUCCGCUACUACGCUGGCGCUGCUGACAAAAUCCACGGCGAGGUUCUGAAAAUGUCGCGCCCACUUCAUGGAUACACAUUGCUUGAACCCAUUGGUGUUGUUGGGCACAUCAUUCCCUGGAAUUUCCCAAGCACCAUGUUUUCUCUCAAGGUCAGCCCUUGCUUAGCCGCCGGUUGUACCAUGAUCGUCAAACCCGCCGAGCAAACUCCCCUCUCCGCUCUCUAUUAUGCUCAUCUUGCAAAGCUGGCUGGUAUACCUGAUGGAGUGCUCAAUGUGGUAAAUGGAUAUGGACCAACUGCAGGUGCUGCCAUUAGCUCUCAUAUGGACAUCGACAAGGUAAGUUUUACUGGGUCUGGAGAGGUAGGACGUGAAGUAAUGAAAGCAGCAGCAGCAAGCAAUUUGAAACCAGUAUCACUAGAAUUAGGAGGCAAGUCACCUAUCAUCAUUUUUGAUGAUGCUGAUUUAGAUAUGGCUUCUGAGCUUGCUCUCAUGGGAAUCUUAUUUAACAAGGGGGAAGUUUGCGUGGCAACAUCUCGUUUGUACAUUCAAGAAGGAAUAUACGAUGAACUUGUGAAGAAGUUGGUUGAGAAGGCAAAAGCUUGGGCUGUUGGAGACCCUUUUAAUCCUGAAGUCCGUCAAGGACCCCAGGUUGACAAGAGACAGUUUGAAAAAAUUCUAAGCUACAUUGAGCAAGGAAAGAAAGAAGGAGCAACUUUGUUAACUGGGGGUAACCGUGUAGGAAACACAGGAUAUUACAUUGAGCCAACCAUAUUCGCCGAUACUAAAGAGGACAUGCAAAUUGUAAAGGAAGAAAUAUUUGGUCCUGUUUUGGCGCUCAUGAAGUUCAAGACAACUGAGGAGGCGAUACAAAGGGCUAACAACACUAAAUAUGGGCUAGCCGCAGUGGUUGUGACAAAUAACUUAAAUGUGGCGAACACGGUUUCAAGAUCGGUCAGGGCUGGGUCAGUAUGGAUCAAUUGCUACCUCGCAAUCGACAAUGAUUGCCCGUUCGGAGGAUACAAAAUGAGCGGCUUUGGUAAAGAUUUCGGCAUGGACGCCGUCCACAAGUAUCUUCAAGUGAAGGCAGUUGUUACUCCUCUUCAUAACUCUCCUUGGCUCUGAAAGCCCAAUCUUUAUCUUGUUAUUUGUAGUAUUGCUUUAAAACAGAGGCCUCCACCAAAGUUCUAUAUUGUAAUAUUUUUAUGUAAUCUUUUAAACAUCCAAUAAAAGCGCAUACGUAUCCGUCUCUGUUUUA